UAGUGGCAUGUCAUCAGGGUCAGAUGACUACAGCUUUAAAGAGAAAUCUCAACCUUCUGUCUAUCAGAUAAAGCUUUAAUCAUAUUUUACUGCCAUUGAAAUUGGUCAAAAUGAGUUGGAACAUCCUGGCAUAUCAGAUAUCAGCAAAAAUCGAACAUCUCCCCAAAAGUUAAAGCCCGGAACAUUUUUGUAACUAUUACUAAUACUUCUUAAAAUAUCUAAAUUUAUUGGAUCAAGUGGCCAAAAGUGAUUCGAUUAAAUCCUCACAGGAAAAGGCCCCAGAUUAUGUUGAUUUGACUCUAAAAGUUGUAGUCUAUUUAGUUAUUUUCAAAGUUUUAGCAGCAAGUCAUUUUCCUCACCUGUUGCAGUCCAUGGUGCUGGUUCAGCCAGCCUGUAUAAUUCGGUAUGUCUAAUUGCUCUUUCAGGUUAUUAAAGGAGUUCAGAGGAGAGAGCUGUUCAGCCACUGUGUAAUUUUAUACACACCGCAGUCUCUCACUUCACACAGGGCUGAUACCUUUUUGCCUCCCAGUUCUCUUUGUAUCAAUUGGUCGGAGUUCAGCCUAUUGUCACCACAAGCUUCUUUUAUAUCUGCGCUCUGUCUGAGCAGAGGCUCACAGUUAGAGUAGCAGGAGGCAUUUCCAGCAGCAGCAGCAGCAGCAGUAGGGUCGAAGAACGGAUCCCACCUCGGGGGCGGCUGUGCUGUCAGCGUCGUUUUUCGGGCUUGGAUGUGCAAAAGGCUGGAGUUCUCAAGCGUCGGGGGCCCCACGCUUUAAUGAGACCCCGGGACGCUGGCAAGAGUUCCUAAAUUUUUCGCCGAAAUUCUCGCUUCCCGGCCAUGCCACAAUGCUGAUGAUAUCUCUGCUGGUGUUGCUGAGCCUGUUGGAUCCCGUUAUUCCCCGGGCCAGCUGCGCCCCUGGCCAGGCUUGCGACCCCCGGCAGCGGAGGGACGCCGGGGGCCGCGGAGGAGUGUAUGAACACCUCGGAGGAGCGCCGAGACGCAGGAAGCUCUACUGCGCAACUAAAUACCAUUUACAAAUUCAUUCCAAUGGGAAGAUAGAUGGAUCACUGGAGGAAAACAAUCCGUUUAGCAUCAUGGAAAUCACAGCAGUGGAUGUGGGAGUUGUGGCCAUAAAAGGGCUUUUCUCUGGCAGAUAUCUGGCCAUGAACAAUAAAGGUCGGCUGUAUGCCUCGGAAGUGUUUAACAGAGAGUGUGAGUUUGUGGAAAGGAUCCAUGAGUUGGGGUAUAACACCUACUCAUCCCGCCAUCAUUCCACGGAGCAGCCGGUGCGACAAGGGGGUGGCAGCAGCAAACGGCGAGCCAGUGCCAAGCGCCAGUGGUACGUUUCCAUUAAUGGUAAAGGCCGGCCGCGGCGAGGCUUUAAAACUCGAAGCACGGACAAAGCUUCACUUUUCCUGCCUCGAGUACUGGGAAACAAGGACCAUGAGAUGGUGAGGCAGCUGAAAGACAGUCAGAGCACACAUCAUCACAUGCAUCACCACAGCAGCCAUGGUGACCACCGGAGACGCCGGCAUCGUGCCAGAAAAGGCCGGGGUCAAGGGCCACAUGGCUGAGCAGACUUUUAGAGGAUGGAGCUGACUGUGGCCCCGUGACUCAGCCCAUCAUGGACCCCUGAUCUUGGCACUUACUGUAGCUUGAUUGCAACGGAUGACUUUGGGGGGGAAAAAAAAUGAAGAACGGAUCCCUCCUUUUGGAUUAGUGGAAGCUUUUUUCAUUGAUUCACAGAAAAUAAUGCAUAGAAGAAGAAGGAGCGACAAGGGCCACCUCAAGUGUGGACACACACAGAGUAUACUCUUAUUUAUAGAUGUCUGACUUCAAAAUGCUGCCAUCUUGUAAAAAAAUGUAUUCAUGUAGUUGAAAACUUCCAUCUAAUUUGUAAACAUGUCAUUUUACCAUCAACUUCACACAGCACAAAAAUCUUGGUGGUUGUAUUAUUGUAAAUACGGUAUGCACUAUGUAUGUACAUUGACUUUGCAGCUUUUCAUAUGUCAACAACCGAGAUGACAAAAACAAUAUAAUGUUUUGCUUUUUUGAAGUGCUAACGAACAUGACAGAUACUGAACUUUACACAGCUUAGCACUUUCUGUCAAAUUCACAUUAAGAAGCAAAGGGACAUUCAGUGUAAGACAGGAUCCUCUUUAUAUUUUUGUGGCAUUCUUACAAUGUGAUAGUCUACUGCAAACUGAAAUAUGUACUUUGUUUAUUGUUUUAAUGACAUGAAUAUUUAUUUGGUGCCUAUGUUGUAAGUUAUUUGAUGAGACUAUUUCUGCUGUUUUC